UUCUCCAAGUAGCCAAGAGAAACAACGGCCAUACAUUUACAGAGCUGUCGUCAGCCAAACAUAUGGCAAAAAUAGACCUUGUUCUUUCUUUUUAAUGUGGUGUGUACUACAUUUUAAAAAUUCCGCCGAAAAAGAGAAGACGAUUUUCCGAAACAUUUUCGCCGUUAUCUCACGGCUCCCUCUUCUCUUUACAGGGGUAUAACUGCUACCCAGAAGGCCUAGGGGCGUCCCUUUACCGGGAGCGCUUUGACUUCAACGCUGAGCCGCCUUGGGAUCCUAGCUGAUAGCGGGACACGGCCUUCUACAGACUUGUCCAUGACCCACGGCUCAGUCGCGACUUUGACUACUUGACUACUACUUCUUUAUGAUUGUCUGCCUAAUGCGGUUGAGAUGAAAGGACUCGCUGACGAACCAAACCACAUGAUUGAACUCCUGGAGGGAGGAACCACCGUGGAAGAUGUCAUUGACGGGCAUGUUUACGAACAAGCUCUGGCUGAAAAGAGUGUGUUUGUAGUGUCUGACCUUGGGUCCUUGAUGAGACAGCAUGUCCAGUGGCAGCUCACCAUGCCCCAGAUCAGGCCCUACUACCAGGUCCAAUCCAACAGCAGCCCGGUUGUCAUCGAGGUCCUGGCCUCUCUCGGCCUCGGCUUCGUCUGUGCUGACAAGGCUGAAGUCAGUCUGGUGUUGGACCACGGCGUGCCCCCUGACAACAUCAUCUUCUCUGGAGUUUGCAAACAGCUGUCCCACAUCAAACACGCAGCCAAGAAUGGCGUCGACCUCUUGGUGUGCGACAGCGAGACGGAACUCUACAAGAUAGCCCGUUCUCACCCCAGAGCCAGGCUGCUGGUUCAGGUAACUACGUGGGCCCAGGCAGCAGAGACCAGCAUGGAGUUUGGCUGUUCUCUGAAGAGCUGUAGACACCUGCUGGAGGCUGCCAAGGACCUGGGGUUGCAGGUGGUGGGAGUUACGUUUCACAUUCCCAGCUCCUGCAAGGACCUGCAGGCCUACACCCACGCGCUGUCGGAUGCCCGCUGUGUGUUUGACAUGGGUGCGGAGUUGGGGUUCAACAUGAGCAUCCUGGAUAUUGGUGGUGGAUUCUCUGGCUCAGAGUUUCAGCUCAAACAGGUUCAUACCACCGUAGGACUGCUGCUGGAUGCCUACUUCCCCACUCUGUCUGGAGUGCAGGUCAUCGCUCAGCCUGGUAGCUACUACGUCUCCUCUGCCUUCACUCUGGCUGUCAAUGUCAUCGGCAAGAAGGUUGUGGCCCGGGACUGGAACGGCCUGGCUCGGGAUGAGCUGACCCCAGAUGACGAGCCAGAGUUCCUGUACUACCUGAACGAUGGCGUCUACGGGUCUUUCUCCAGCAAGCUGCUAGGAAGCACCAUCCCUGCCCCGGCUGUGCACAAGAGGGGGUCGAGGGCUGAGGAGCCAAUGUUCUCCAGCAGCCUGUGGGGUCCAUCAUGUGACAGCCUAGACCAGCUGGUAGACCACUGCCUGCUGCCUGAGCUCAGCCCUGGAGACUGGCUGGUCUUUAACAACAUGGGGGCUGCUGGUCUGGGGGACAUCUCCUCCUUCAGUGACCGCUCAGCCAUCAGACCACCUGUCUACUACACUGUCUCCACUGCUGACUGGUACAACAUACAGGAGGCUGGGAUAGCUGUGGACAGCAUCAUGAAGAACUUCUCCAUGGUCCAGUACGGUGCAUAGCUCUGUCCUUCCCUCUCCGUUGUGACAUCCGAGAGACAUCUCCCUGGGCUUUUAGUGGUCAACAUUCCAACGUCCUUGCAGUGUUCAACUUUCCAGGAGGGUUGAAAUAGACUUGUGAUUUCCUGGGAACAGAAAACGAUUUAUUGGUGACCCAUACCUCCAAUUCUCAAUUUGUUUUUGGAAAAAAGAAAAAGAUCAACACGUUUAUCCCUCUUCCUCCUCCUCCUCAGAUAGAAAACAACACGUUUAUCCCUCUUCCUCCUCCCCUCCUCCUCCUCAGAUAGAAAACAACACGUUUAUCCCUCUUCCUCCUCCCCUCCUCCUCCUCAGAUAGAAAACAACACGUUUAUCCCUCUUCCUCCCCUCCUCCUCCUCAGAUAGAAAACAACACGUUUAUCCCUCUUCCUCCUCCCCUCCUCCUCCGAUAGAAAACAACACGUUUAUCCCUCUUCCUCCUCCCCUCCUCCUCCGAUAGAAAACAACACGUUUAUCCCUCUUCCUCCUCCUCCUCCGAUAGAAAACAACACGUUUAGCCCUCUUCCUACUCGCCCCUCCUCCUCCUCAGAUAGAAAACAACCCGUUUAUCCCUCUUCCUCCUCCUCCUCAGAUAGAAAACAGCACGUUUAUCCCUCUUCCUCCUCCCCUCCUCCUCCGAUAGAAAACAACACGUUUAUCCCUCUUCCUCCUCCCCUCCUCCUCCGAUAGAAAACAACACGUUUAUCCCUCUUCCUCCCCCUCCUCCUCCUCAGAUAGAAAACAACACGUUUAUCCCUCUUCCUCCUCCUCCUCAGAUAGAAAACAACACGUUUAUCCCUCUUCCUCCUCCUCCUCAGAUAGAAAACAACACGUUUAUCCCUCUUCCUCCUCCUCCUCAGAUAGAAAACAACAUGUUUAUCCCUCUUCCUCCUCCUCCUCAGAUAGAAAACAACAUGUUUAUCCCUCUUCCUCCUCCUCCUCAGAUAGAAAACAACACGUUUAUCCCUCUUCCUCCUCCUCCUCAGAUAGAAAACAACACGUUUAUCCCUCUUCCUCCUCCUCCUCAGAUAGAAAACAACACGUUUAUCCCUCUUCCUCCUCCUCCUCAGAUAGAAAACAACACGUUUAUCCCUCUUCCUCCUCCUCCUCAGAUAGAGAACAACACGUUUAUCCCUCUUCCUCCUCGCCCCUCCUCCUCCUCAGAUAGAAAACAACACGUUUAUCCCUCUUCCUCCUCGUCCCUCCUCCUCCUCAGAUAGAAAACAACACGUUUAUCCCUCGCCCCUCCUCAGAUAGAAAACAACACGUUUAUCCCUCUUCCUCCUCGCCCCUCAGAUAGAAAACAACACGUUUAUCCCUCUUCCUCCUCCCCCUCCUACUCCUCAGAUAGAAAACAACACAUUUAUCCCUCUUCCUCCUCCUCAGAUAGAAAACAACACGUUUAUCCCUCUUCCUACUCGCCCCUCCUCCUCCUCAGAUAGAAAACAACACGUUUAUCCCUCUUCCCCCUCCCCCCUCCUCCUCCUCAGAUAGAAAACAACACGUUUAUUCCUCCUCCUCCUCCCCUCAGAUAGAAAACAACACGUUUAUUCCUCUUCCUCCUCCUCCUCAGAUAGAAAACAACACGUUUAUCCUCCUCCUCCUCCUCCUCAGAUAGAAAACAACACGUUUAUCCCUCUUCCUCCUCCUCCUCAGAUAGAAAACAACACGUUUAUCCCUCUUCCUCCUCCUCCUCAGAUAGAAAACAACACGUUUAUCCCUCUUCCUCCUCAGAUAGAAAACAACACGUUUAUCCCUCUUCCUCCUCCUCCUCAGAUAGAAAACAACACGUUUAUCCCUCUUCCUCCUCCUCCUCAGAUAGAAAACAACACGUUUAUCCCUCUUCCUCCCCCUCCUCCUCCGAUAGAAAACAACACGUUUAUCCCUCUUCCUCCUCCUCCUCAGAUAGAAAACAACACGUUUAUCCCUCUUCCUCCUCCUCCUCAGAUAGAAAACAACACGUUUAUCCCUCUUCCUCCUCCUCCUCAGAUAGAAAACAACACGUUUAUCCCUCUUCCUCCUCCUCCUCAGAUAGAAAACAACACGUUUAUCCCUCUUCCUCCUCCUCCUCAGAUAGAAAACAACACGUUUAUCCCUCUUCCUCCUCCCCUCCUCCUCCGAUAGAAAACAACACGUUUAUCCCUCUUCCUCCUCCUCCUCAGAUAGAAAACAACACGUUUAUCCCUCUUCCUCCUCCUCCUCAGAUAGAAAACAACACGUUUAUCCCUCUUCCUCCUCCUCCUCCUCAGAUAGAAAACAACACGUUUAUCCCUCUUCCUCCUCCUCCUCAGAUAGAAAACAACACGUUUAUCCCUCUUCCUCCUCCUCCUCAGAUAGAAAACAACACGUUUAUCCCUCUUCCUCCUCCUCCUCCUCAGAUAGAAAACAACACGUUUAUCCCUCUUCCUCCUCCUCCUCCUCAGAUAGAAAACAACACGUUUAUCCCUCUUCCUCCUCCUCCUCCUCAGAUAGAAAACAACACGUUUAUCCCUCUUCCUCCUCCUCCUCCUCCUCAGAUAGAGAACAUGUUUAACAGUAACAUAUGCAACUAAAUGGAUGACUGUGUAGAUGGAACUCCGCUUCCUAACCAGGUUUAUUCAUUAGAUAGUUUACAUAAAUGUCUAAUUGGUUCAUUUAUAUUAUAUAUUGAUUACCUGUUGACAGUCUUGUAAAAAUCACUUGUCUGUUCAACAUGAUGAUGCAUUUGUCUAUAGAAGAUGAUUCGCCAGGUUUAAUAUUUAAAAUCAGUACUAAAUGUUUGCUUCUGACCCCAUAGUCUAGCUUAAGUGAGAUCUUAACCCAUUCUUGAUUACGUUUCAUAUUUUUUUUUUUUUGGGGGAGUUUAUUAAUUGCAUUUUGUAAAAAUAAUAUGGAACACGUUUUGAGUUCCCGCCAACAUUUUCCCCAAGUACGGUUUUACUGAGCAAUGUCUUCCGUGGGAAUACUGUUGUCUGUUUGGAUAACUGUGAUUCCAUUGUGACAUCUUAACGUUCUUGCUUGGUUUAGAGGGGCAUUUUGAAGGAUUUGUUGAAGUGAUUUCUUCUCAGAGGAGUUCUGAACAGAACUAGCUGGGUUCUGUUUGCUAAUGUACAGACAGAACUUUACCAGGCUGGCUGAAAGUGGUCCUCGGUUCUAAAACCUUUUUUGAGGAAGUGUUCUGGACAGGAAAGCCCCCUUCAGCAUUACAGCCCUUGGCUUUCACUCUGAUCACGCUGUAUAGCUUCUCUGCUGGGUUAGAGAUACAACUAACAUCAGCCUUGAGACUUGGACACAUUUUGUUUCUAUAAACAUUUCAGCCACAAGUGUGUUUACAAGGCUUUGUUCUCUGUCGCCACAGCACAUAGCAGUCCACCAAUAGACUUGUCUUCAUAUUUCUGUGGAUCUAGCUUCUCAUGCCUCUCUUACUGUAUGGUGGUCUAACAUGGAGUCUUGUACACUUUUUAAUGUCUAAAUAAGGUGACCAGAGCUGGACCCAUAUCUGGUUGUGCUCUUUCCAUCUCCAUUGCUCAUUGUCAAUCCCAAGCUGUUUGCCAUGACAAUGAGUGACAAGGAAGUGGGCAUAAUAGUGCAAACAGACUGGCACUCAAGCUAGACCAGACCUGACUGAACUCUUAACUGUCCCCCUUGUUGGACAAGUAAAGUACUGGAAAUGACUUUCUAAGGCACUAAUGGACCGUGUCCUAUUUUUGACUGUAAAUUGUGCUUGUUAAAGUAAUGCAAGUGAUUAAUUUAAUACAUAUUUUGGACUGAAA